ACCGCUGACAAUCCCGAAAUGAAGGAAAUACAGGCAGUUGAAAUAACCAACUUAUAUCAAAAGCUUGUGAAUCUAAAUCCAGGGAUAUCUAAAUAUAACAUCAUUAAAUGGUUAGAGGCAAAAAUAGGGGAAGGCGAAGGUGAACCAGUCGAAUUAACACAACUCAGUUUUAUAGGUUUUAUGGAAAGACUAGACAUUAAUAUUGAAGUGCUACGGAAGCUAAAUAAUCAGACUUCAAGUUCUACUAGAGCACCAGACUGGUCUAAUGUUCAAAAGGCAAUUGAAAUAAAAGAAACACAGGAUAUGCUUCGAAAUCUACACAUAGUGAAUCUAACACAACAGUUACUUAAUCGUAAAGAUGAGAUCCAACAAUGGAUAGAGACAGCGAUCGACAAAGGAUUAGUAACACGUGUAUAUGAUGAGUUUGGUGCAAAAGUCGAUUUAUCAGAUUCCAACUUUCAUGAUUUAAUGGAAAGCCUAAAUUUAAGUCUUGAAGAGCUACGGGACCUAAAUAUACGUUUAGCGAACGAAACAUCACCAAUUAAUAUUUAAUUUUAAUUCACCUUCUAAAAGUAAACCUACAUUUAUUUUUUGUUGUCAAUCAUAAUAGUAUUUUACAAAUUUUAAUAAUAAUUACUCGAAAUUUGUUUGAA